UGCCCUGACUGCGCUGAGUGAGCCCUGGCCUAAUUGAGGGGCCAGCUCAGUCUAACUUGUUGAGGGGUCGCGGCAGGAUUAGCUACUUGUGCGGUGCACCUUUAAGUCAUGAAUCCGCCCAGGUAAAAUGUGCUCCUAAGCAAGAUUGUGAUACUUCUACCAAAAUGAAGUGCAAGAUACCAGUUGUUCUCCUUGCCUGUGGCUCCUUUAACCCCAUUACAAAUAUGCACCUGCGUUUAUUUGAAGUGGCUAGAGAUCAUCUUCACCAAACAGCUGUUCCUGAGUUAAAGCUGCUCUGUGGUGCAGAUGUCCUGAAGACAUUUCAAAUACCCAACCUCUGGAAAGAUGAACACAUCCAAGAAAUAGUUGAAAAGUUUGGUUUAGUAUGUAUUAGCAGGGUUAACCACGACAUUCAACAAUAUAUCUCUGAAUCAACCAUUUUAACACAGAAUCGGCAUAAUAUACAUUUAGUCAAGAAUCCUGUACAGAGUGAUUUGAGUGCCACAUACAUAAGACAAGCCCUGUACCAAGGGCAGAGCGUGAAAUAUCUGCUUCCAGACUCAGUCAUUUCCUACAUCAAGGACCAUCACCUCUACCUGAAAGAGAGUAAAUAGAUAUAAUGAAAGGAAUGGGAAGAUGAAGGAAAUGUAGUGGAGUGAUAACACAUUACAUUGUUAAGUUCUCUGAAUAUUCCAUCUCUGUCCAGAACAACCCUACACCACCAAAAAAAAAAAAUCACAAUUGAUUUUAUUGGACCAUCCUUCCCUGCAGAUAUAGAAAACUUAUUUCCUGUAGGAAAAAUUACUAAGUUCUAAAGGAAAAAAUGUAUUAAGGAAAUUACUGCAUUGCAAGUUAAUAAAUUAUGAGUAGGAAAACCUUUUGAGAUUAUUAUAUUAAGAAGUUUAUUGAGGCUUUAUUCAACAUGUGAAAUUUGGCUUUGACUGUUAUUAAUAGUUUAUAACAACUAAUAAGGGAUUUUUUUUGGUUUUGUGUUUUUUUUAAGUAUGGCAAAGUGUUCUUUGCUAUAUUAUCAGUAUUGAACAUAUUGAAUUCCUUAAUAAGUCGUUAAGCACAACAUCCCAUUCUUUAUUGGAGACAUUUGACAGGAUGCUAAUUACUUUACACUGGACUUAGUAAGCUUUUGUUUUGGAAAGAAUAGUACUAAUUGAGCAAUACCAUAAUGGAAAGUUCAGUACUGACAAGUGUGGACUCAUUGACUGUGUUCUCAGCACUUUCCUAAAUGAUAUUGGAUAUUCCCGGAGAACCAUUUAAGAGGAAAACAUUUCUGUUUGGUAUUAAUAAAAGCUAUUUUCUAAGCAGAUGUUUUCACAUAUUUUAAUGUAAUAAAUAUCUUUAAUACUAUUCUAGCAGAGUAAUGAUAUUCCUGACUACAAAUACUAAUGCUCCUAUUUUUCAGGUUUCUUUAAAAUUUUUUAUUCACUUUAACAGUAUCUUUUGAAUGCUUCAUGUCUACAUGUUAGCAAACAUAGAAAAUAAAAUGACAUCAGAAAGUCUAA